AUGACAUCGGACGACAGUUUAUUGAAUGAAUACGAAUGGGCCGAUGUUGAUUCUUAUGGUAGUUUCAACAAUGAUGUGCACUUAGAUGAUGAUGAUGAAGAACCCGAUGGAGAAUAUUACGGAGAAGCUGACAAUGAUGAGGGAGCAGGUCCAAUCUCUGGAAUGCAAUUUAGUGAUAAAGAUUCUUUGUUUGCAUUCUACAAAGAACAUGCACGAUUGAAAGGAUUCUCCGUCGUCAAAAGAAAUUCCAACAAGAAGGGUGGUGACAUUGCCAGCUACGUAACUUACUGUUGUGAUAGGGCUAGGAUUCGUAAAAUAAAUUUUACCACCAAGAGUAACAAUUGUAAAGCUAGGGUCGUUGCUGUUUUGGAUGAUUCUGGUUGUUGGCGUGACUCUAAGGUCGUUUAUGAUCACAACCAUGAUUUGCUCCCUUCCAUAUCGCGCCUGAUGGCUGGACAUAGGUCCGUUUGUGAUUCUUUGAAGAGGGAUCUUGUAGCUCACAAUCGAUCUGGCAUUAGACCCUCCAAGAAUAUUAGACUUGUUGAGCUUCAACGUGGUGGAUCGCAAAAUUUGGGUUGCACUCCAAAGGAUUGUAGAAAUUUUAUUUUAAAGAGUAGGAAUUUUGAAAUGCAAGAAGGGGACGCACAGUCACUGCUCAACUUUUUUCGUGAAAUGCAGGCGGCGUAUGAGAAAUUCUAUGAUGCGAUAUGCUUUGAUACGACGUACCUUGUGAAUCGAUAUAAUAUGCCAUGUGCUACAUUUGUUGGCAUCAAUCACCAUAGACAGUCCAUCUUACUGGGAUAUGCUCUCAUGUCUCAUGAAGAUAUCGAUAGUUAUAAAUUGGUUUUUAGAAUUUGGCUUGAGGCCAUAGGAAAUGUUCAUCCAGAUGCGAUCAUAACUGAUCAGUGUCAGAGCAUUAAGCCAGCCAUUACUGAAGUGAUGCCAAAUACAAUACAUAGAUGUAAGGGGAUGCAUGCGUUCUUUGAUGAAUAUAUUACCCGUCAAAGUACUCUUAAGAUGUUUGUUAACCAGUAUGAGUUAGCUAUAAGAUUUAAGCAUGAGAAAGAGUUGGAAGCCAAAUACAGGUCAAAGGGCUUUCAAAUUGUGUGUGAGUCAAUGUUCAAGUGGGAGGAGCAGGCAAUUCAGUGUUAUACGCGUACAGUGUAUGAAUUUUUCAAGACACAACUAAGGAAGUUUUAUCAUUGUGAAGUUAGCAGCCCCGGCGAUCAUCAAGUUGUCCCUGGUAUUGAGAAAUUCAUCGUUAGUGAUUAUUCAGUUAUAAAAAAAUGA